UAAUUGUUGUAGGAAAUGGCGGACCAUGAGUUAACUGAUAUGAUGUAUGACAUGGAGUUUGGAGAACUGAUGAAAGACUGGAUAGAAGAUUGGUCAGAUGAUGAAAAUUCAGAUCGUGGAGAUAGGUCAGAGAAUGGGAACGUAUUGGAAGAUCUUAAUAUGGAUGAACAUGAUGAUGGUCAGGAAAACAAUGAGCAUGAUGAUGGUGAGGAAAACAACUCGGAGAUCUCGAAUGAAGAUUACAUUAGUCAGCUCAUUUCCGAAUGUCAUAAUGCGUACGACUAUUACGGUGAAUCCGACGCGGAGACAGGCCUUGAUGUCGAAUCAUUAACUGCAUCUGAUUCUGGGGAGUCGCAAUCGUCGGUCAUCAUGAGUGAGGUAUGUAUGUAAUCAAUGUUGUAUGGAAGUAAUGUUAUACCAUAGAAAACUGUUUUCAUGGCUAUGUUAUGAUUGUGUAGGUGACAGAAGUUGAGGGGAAAAAGAAUGUCCAAGAUACUGCUAGUGCAGAUGAUAAGAGGGAUGUGUUCAUGCAGAUAAUACAAAUGACUUUUACGUCUCACGAGGCUGCGUAUGAUUUCUACAACAGCUAUGCUAGAGAUAAUGGUUUCAGCAUUAGAAAGAAUAAGGUCAGGUAUAGCAAAACCGAGUCACCUCAUAUGCGUUAUAGGCGGUUUGUUUGUUCCAGACAAGGGAAACGUGACAGCAAGUUGCUAACCGAGGA